AUGAAGUUCUCUUCAUAUCUUGCGGCUGCGGCCAUCAUGUCCGGUGUUCAGGCUUCUCCGCACCCCGCACCCCAGCAGCAACAGCUCCUAGGCGUGUCAUCAUCGCUCUCCCAGCCCAGCUAUAGCCAAGGAGACUUAGAUGAUAUAAUCAGCACUUCACCUCUGCUAUCACUCCACCGAGACCUGGUCAAGAUCGAGUCAAUCUCCGGCAACGAGCACGAGGUCGGCCUCUUCGUCGCGCAAUUCCUCGAGGCCCGGAACUUCACCGUGCCACAUCGACACCGUCCCCCCUUCAUCCCAUACUCGGUGCACCAGCCCGAUGACUCCACAACCACCUUCGACCCAGAGGAUCUUAUCCUAGCAGGCCGUGCCUCCGUCGACGCAAAGGGCAGCGUCGCAGCGCAAAUAUUCGCAACCCUCGAAACACUAGACUCCCAACCCGACGCCAAACUCGGCCUUCUCUUCGUCGUCGGCGAAGAAAUCGGCGGCGACGGCAUGAAAAUCUUCUCAGACUCAACCCUCAACUCUAAAAACGCAUUCAAAACCGUCAUCUUCGGCGAGCCAACCGAGGCAGCGCUCGUCGCUGGCCACAAGGGCAUGGUCGCCUUCAAGGUUCUUGCUCAUGGUAGCGCCGCUCACUCGGGAUACCCGUGGCUGGGCAAGAGCGCCGUUUCGGCGAUUCUGCCUGCGCUCUCGCGCAUCGAUGUGCUCGGUGAUAUCCCCGUCGAAGAGGGCGGUCUGCCUGCAUCCCCGAAGUACGGACCGACGACGCUGAAUAUUGGCGUUAUCCGCGCUGGCGUCGCGACGAAUGUGGUUCCUUCUGAGGCGUGGGCUGAUGUUGCUGUGAGACUUGCAGCUGGUACGCCUGCUGAGGCACGUGAGAUUGUUCUGCGGGCUGUUGAGGAUGCGGUUCGCGAUGCUGAGGCGGAGGUUGUUGUGGACUUUGUUUCGCAUGGCGAGUCUUAUCCGCCGCAGGAUUUGGAUGUUGAUGUUGAUGGGUUUAAUGUUACUACUGUUAACUAUGGCACUGAUGUACCGAAUCUGGCUGUCGGUCCUGGUGUCAAGCGCUACUUGUAUGGACCUGGCAGUAUCUUUGUUGCUCAUGGUGAUAAUGAGGCCUUGACCAUCCGCCAGAUCAAGGAGGCCGUGGUUGGUUAUAAGAAGUUGAUUGAGGCUGCGCUGGUGAGAGAGGAGAAUAGCGAGGUGGUCGUAUAA